UCAAGUCCCAGGAAGGUCUGUCCUGGAACCCUAACCCUACUGUCAAUUAUCGUCCUUGUGUGGGCGCUUCAAACGCCAACUCCACCAUAACUUGUGUCUUUCGAAGUUUCACCAAGAACUUUUACCGUCGCCUAUCCUUCUACUGUAAUGACAGAUACUCAGAGCUGAAAUAGUUAAAGGGCACGAUGUCUGCAAGAAUAGGAGAAACAAUGCGAACGCGUGCAAUUACAUACACACUGACUGCACGCUUGUCUUGCCAUCUACAUCUCGAACCCCUUGUUAUGUCUGCCCUUCGACACCGACUCAUCCACAAUAUAUUCGUAUGGUGGAUCUUUGGUGACGGUUCGAUUUGCUGUCAUGCCGCGUACCUUUUUCAUAGUCCGCUGUAUUUAUUGUUGUAUAUACAGAGCACACCUAACAAUGGAUGUCACAGCAGUCCGAGCACGUUGCCGAAACCUUCGUGCUCGCUGUGGGCAUCAGCGAGUUCAACCAACCACUGCAGCAAUUCAUCACUUCGUGCUACCCAUUGUCCAGCGUGACCUGAUGUUACGGUCAAUUAUUCCACAACGCCAUUACAGUUUACCCCCGCGACCACUGGCCUGGCUUCUAGUAUGCUAUGUGGCGAGGUCAUGCAGGCAUAGGAAGGACUCGUGGCGGAGUGCGUUUGGCACAUUAUUUGAUGCCUUCAAGUCCGAGGAUCUGACGGUAUUUCCCUUGAACCUACCCUGCCACGCAACUGGCACAAUACGGGUUGUACACUACUAUGGAAGUGGGGAUGCGGAAUUGAUCGACUGCCAGAAGGUCUCCGUCGUCAAUUUCCUGCAAUACCUUUUUGGCGAGACGUUCUGGUUGUUGGCGAGUGAGGAGGCCAAGUCAGCUUUUCAGCAUGCCUACAUCAAUUUCUCGCAUUGGGUGUCAAGCAACCUACGUUCGAGAUGUCGAGUGCCGAAGAGUGGACUCUGCGACACUGGGUUCGCACAAGUGCGGUACAAUGCUGCCAUCUGCAGCCGCUCGUCGACAAGAUGAUUCCUAUAUAUUUUGAUGAUCCCACCCUCGGCUCCGACGAUCUCAAACGCGUAUCCGAUCUCAAACGCGUAUCUCAAAUUUUCAUGUCGGACAAAGCGGGGAAGAAUCUCGACGCCCUCGUUUACUUUAAGGAUACACAUUCAAAAUAGUGGUAUAUACAGAGCCUGGAGCC